AUGGAGGAUUGUGUGCGUAUGGUGUGUGAAAUUCUGGGUGUACAUGCGGGUGAUGAGGUGAGCGCAGAGAAGAUUUCUGAACUCUAUCAGAGGGUCUUCCACAUCAGCAUUGAGCUUCAAGAUGCGCAGAGAGCCGUCACUCAGGUCAGUGCACAGAACGGCGGGUUGCCAUGUUCAGGCCGCUGGAUCCUGCAUGUCCUUCUAGAGAUGGAGAAAGAACGAGAGAAGCGGGAAAAGUUGUACUGGGAGCUGCAGAUGUUGAAGUCGCACCACAGCAGCGUUCCUGAUGGAUCAAACACACCACCGCUGCUGGAUGUGGACAGUGUAUGGAGUGUCCUGUCGUCUCUGUCCCCCAGUCACAUGACCUCCAGACGUCUGGGUUUGAUAAAUCCAUCUAAAUCAGAUGUCCUGCUCCUGCUUCAAUAUAAAUAUGACAUCAUCAGAGAGCAACUUUACAGAGAGAUGCUGCAGGAGGAACACGGUGCUGGAUGGUGGGAGUCGAUGGACCCCUGGGAGCAGACAGACUGUGUGUGUGACGUUGAACAGAGAGCAGAAGAGGCCUUUAGACUAAACGACGUGCUGCGUGUGUGUGAGCUGCCCGGCGUCCUGCACUGCUACAGCGCUAAUGCGGAGGUGCGGUUACAUUCCUGUCCUGAUGAGGCGAGGACGAGAGAGCAGGCGUGGACGUCCUCGUCCCGGAGACACAGCUGGACAUCCGCCAUCGCCGUCUCUGAGCUAAGGUCUCAUUGUGAGGAGGAGACACAGGCCCUCACCCAGCUGCUCGACAGAGUGGAGCGACUCAUCCGGACUGAGAUUUAUCUGAGUGUGUGUGUUUCUGUGAGGAGAGCCGAGAGAGAAACACACUCACACACGGCACUGCUGAGCUCCAGACAGCACUGGGACAACUGGCCGUGUACGAGACGUUUGUGUGUUGAGGACUUGGUGAAGUUCUGGCUGCAGGAGAAACGCAAUCCAGAUACACAACUCGGAACCGAGUCCAGAACAUCAUGCUGUGCCGUGCUACAGUGUGUGGUCCUGUGUCAGGAGCAGGAGAGAAGAAUGCUGGUGGAGAUCUUACACAGUGUCUCACAGGAAGAACUGCAGGAGCAGAGACACACACUAACACCUGACUACAAGGCUGCAGGGACGACAGAUGCGGCUCUGAGACGAGGGUGUGUGUCCAUCCUGAGGAAGAUGAAAUCGUCUCUCCAGUGCAGCUCCACACACUCGCCUGUCUCGUGGGCCGACUGCGCUGUUCAUCUCCUCACUCAGCUCACACACACACACGACCAGGAAGUGCAGACUGUAGUACACACACUUCCAGUCAUGGAUGCUGCUGCUCUUCUGGUCCUGCUAAACAAAUAUGAACUCGAGCUGCGUUCUCCAAAACUACACAACCUACACAACUUACUGAACACACACAUUGACACCUCUCUAACCGACGGCGAGUGGGCGGAGCAGAGACAGAGCUCUCCAUCAGCUAGUGAGGAACAGGAAGUCUGCACCGGCUGCGGUGUUGUUCUCGUCCCUGAGGACGCUCCGUAUUUAGAAAUCCUUGGCGUCGGACAGCGGAGAGAGAAGGAGGAGGAGAGGCGAGAAGAGGAGGAGAGGAGAGAAGGAAAAGAGGGAGAAGAGGAUGAGAGGAGAGGUGGAAGUGAUAGAGAAGAAGAGAGGAAGAGAGAAGAAAAAGAGGGAGAGGAAGAGAGGAAAAAAGCAGACAGAAGAGAAGGAGGAGCGGAAGAGGAGGAAAUAGAAAGAACGGCGGCAGAAGAGGAGGAGAGGAACGAGGGAGAGGAAGAGAGGAAGAGAGAAAGAAGGGACGAAGAAGAGGAGAGAAAUGUGGAUGCAAUAGAAAAACAGGGAUCGCUGAUCGCACUGGCCUGGAGCAAACCAGUGAACAGCGAUACACAGGAAGUGACCUCAGCUGUACCUGAAGCGCAGACGACAGAAGAGACAUCUGCAGACUCGCACACUCCGGAUCACAUACACUUGGCUUUAUCGCUGAGCGAACACACACCGAGAGCACCGAGACACACACUCGUCGAGUCUCUACAGGAACCGGACACAUCCAGCACGGACGCUCAGAACGAGUGCAGCAGCGAUAAGCACGGAGCGACAUCAGCAGGUCUGGAGACACACACACCGGACGCAGUGUGUGAGGGAGUGUGUGAGGAACAGCAGCUCCAGAGAGACGCCACCAUGCGCAGCCUCGUCGACAUCCAGAGAAGAGCAGAGCAGCGCUGGCAGCGAGACAGAGACCGACAAAUCCUCAGAGUUCAGGAGCGAUUGUCAAUCAUCCAGAACAGGAAGUCAGAUGAGGACCUGCUGGGGCCGAGACGCCAGGACACGUUCAGACACCUGACAAACACGCUGCAGCAGGAGGACGAGCAGCAGCAGAAGAUGUUGGUCAGAGAGAAACUGCAGGAGCUGUGGAGAGAACGCUCUUACAUUCUACAGUCCAGGAGAGAGAGGAACACGACUGAGUUUAAGGAACUCCUCACACCUACAGCUCAGCCUGUAGCCAGCACAGAUGAUGUGCUCAACACACCUGCACACACACACCAACACACAUGAACACAAUUCUCACACACAAACACACGUAACACUCUCUGGCAGUCUGUAAGAGUGAUGUCACAGCAUGGACACGUGAACGUUUCGGGCUCCUCGACUCCAGGCUGAGGAACCGCGCGAGGGUCAUCACUGCUUUUACUCUACAUGCAGUUCGACUUCCAGACACCAGAGGGCACUAAACAUUACAA